AUGCCGAGCAAUAAGCUUGAUAAACCGGAGGUCAAUGACGUGAAAGUGGUGGUGAGAUGUCGGCCCCUCAACCAGAAAGAGAAGAUGAUGGGCAACAGACAGGCCGUGAGUGACGAGAACCGUGGGACCAUCACAGUGAACAAACUGGACCCCCAUGAGCCUCCGAAGACCUUUACAUUUGACACUGUGUUUGGACCAGACAGCAAACAGCUUGAUGUCUACAACCUCACAGCUCGCCCCAUCGGUGAUUCAGUGUUAGAGGGAUACAAUGGAACCAUUUUUGCAUAUGGGCAAACUGGCACAGGAAAAACCUUCACCAUGGAGGGUAUGAGAGCCGUACCAGAACUCAGAGGAAUCAUCCCAAACUCAUUUGCUCAUUUUGGUCACAUUGCCAAGGCAGAGGGUGACACAAGAUUUUUGGUCCGUGUUUCAUACCAGAUUUACAACGAGGAAGUGAGGGACCUGUUGGGAAAGGACCAGUUGCAGAGGCUGGAGGUGAAGGAAAGGCCAGAUGUUGGUGUGUAUAUCAAGGACCCUCUCUGGUUAUGUUGUGACAACGCUGACGACAUGGACAGGAUUAUGACAUUGGGGCACAAGAAUCGGUCUGUUGGUGCCACAAACAUGAAUGAACACAGCUCCCGUUCCCACGCUAUCUUCACCAUCACAAUCGAGUGCAGUGAGAAAGGUGUGGAUGGAAACCAGCAUGUGCGAAUGGGAAAACUUCAUCUGGUUGAUCUCGCUGGUUCAGAGAGACAGGGCAAGACUGGCGCCACAGGCCAGCGUUUGAAGGAGGCAACAAAGAUCAAUCUCUCUCUCUCCACACUGGGUAACGAUUCUGCCCUGGUGGAUGGCAAGAGCACACAUGUUCCAUACAGGAACUCUAAACUGACCCGUCUGCUGCAGGAUUCCCUGGGAGGAAACUCCAAGACCAUGAUGUGUGCGAAUAUUGGCCCUGCAGACUACAAUUAUGAUGAGACUAUCAGUACCCUGCGCUAUGCUAAUAGGGCCAAAAACAUCAAGAACAAAGCCAGGAUCAAUGAGGAUCCUAAGGAUGCUCUACUGCGCCAGUUAAAAGAGAUUGAGGAGCUUAAGAAGAAACUGGUGGAAGGUGAAGAGAUCUCUGGCUCAGAGGGUAGUGGAUCUGAUGAGAUGGAUGAAGGUGAUGAGAAGUGGGAGGCAGGAGAAGGCCGUAGGAGAAAAAGAGGGAGGAAGAAGGUUUCCCCCGACAAGAUGGUGGAGAUGCAGGCCAAGAUCGAAGAGGAAAGAAAGGCUUUGGAAGCCAGUGGACAUGAAGAGGAGGAGAGGAACAAGGCAAGAGCAGAGCUGGAGAAGAGGGAGAAGGACCUUCUCAAAGCUCAGCAGGAGCACCACCUUUUGCGAGAGAAACUGUCAGCCUUGGAGAAGAAGGUGAUUGUGGGUGGGGACCUCCUGGCCAAAGCUGAGGAACAGGAGAAGCUUUUGCAGGAGUCUAACAAUGCUGAGGAGCGCCGCAGGAGGGCAGAGCAGCUGCGGAGGGAGCUGGAGGAGAAGGAGCAAGAGCGUCUAGACAUAGAAGAAAAGUAUACAAGCCUGCAAGAGGAGGCCCAAGGAAGACUAAAAAGUGAGAAAGUAUGGACCAUGCUGAUGGCUGCCAAAUCAGAAAUGGCAGACCUGCAGCAAGAGCAUCACAGAGAGAUAGGCCUCCUGGAGAACAUCCGCCAGCUGAGUCGAGAGCUGCGGCUCCAGAUGCUCAUUAUAGACUUCAUUCCCCAGGAAUACCAGGAGAUGAUCGAGAAUUACGUGCACUGGAACGAAGAUAUCGGAGAAUGGCAGCUGAAAUGUGUGGCAUACACUGGCAACAAUAUGAGAAAACAGACUCCUGCUCCUGACAAAAAGGAGAAAGAUCCAUUUGAGGUGGAUCUGUCCCAUGUGUAUCUGGCCUACACAGAAGAGAGCAUGCGGCAGUCUCUGAUGAAACUUGAGAGACCUAGAACUUCUAAAAGUGGCAAGGGACGACCCAAAACUGGGCGCAGGAAAAGAUCUGCUAAGCCUGAUGCUGUGAUCGAAUCUCUUCUACAGUGAAGAAAGCGAAGACAAGAGCUUGGUGUCUCUGCAUAUUUCGUGUUACUUUAGGACCAUCAGUCGUUAGUCGGGUCUUAACAAUUUAAUGUUGAAAGCUAUUUAACUGAUUAUCUGAACACUGUAUAGCCUCUAAAACUUUAAAUGUGAAGACACUGCACCUGUGAUAGAUAAAGAACUCUUGGCUAAGAGGACCUGUUAUUUGUAUAGUAGUCUACGGCUUCUUUGAGGAUGUCCAGCAUUUCUUGUUUACUUGGAGUAACAGAAGCAGUUUAAAUCAGCUCUUUUACCUGAGCAUUUGAGGAGUAACAAUUAAUUUACCAUAGAUGUAUCUCACUAAAGACAUUGUUUUAAACAUGAAAACAUGAAAACAUGAAAAAAAAGAACUGAAGACAUAUCUUCUAAAAGUGGUUUUUCAAAUGCAAUGUGUUUGGUGAGUUAUGUACCUCCAUUUAAACUGAUUUACUGGUAUGCUGGACUCAUUUUUAUUAAUGGCUGAGCUGGAGUCAAAUAAUCAUAACUGAAUUUCAACUACAUUUAAUUAACUUAUUCUACUCCAAUUCCAAGCUUAACCACAAUGAUCUUCUACUCAUACGCGUUGAGAGAAACAAAAACACUAAUGUGGAGGGAACAAUGAGAGGAGUGCUUAGUUUCAUGUAUGUAGUAAAAUAUGAUUCAUGACCAAGGGCCAUGCAUGCUUACCAGCUCUUCGGUCAGUGCCAUUUUCAAAUCAAAGUUCAAUCAAAGUUUUUUUUUUUUUUUUAAAUGUCAGAACACUUUGUUACUUGAAAUUCACCAUGCAUACUGUAUGCCUCUGUAUAAUGCACUAGUAUGUGGUUUUUGGUGGAGAAAUUUAACUUUUUUGCUGUUCUGUAGUUGAGGCAACUGACUUUAUCUCGUAACAUACUGUAUGUGAAAUGUUUACAUCCACCAAACCCAUGAAUAUUUUAUUUAGUAAAUUAUUUUUUACGUUGAGCUUA